CAGCGAGUCGUCGGCCGCUGCGCUCCAGCCUCCGCCCGCACCGAGCCGCGGGACCCGGGCCGCACCGGGGAGGGGCCGCUCCGGGCCGCAGCGCGAGGGCAGCGAGGGGCGGCGGGCAGCCGGCACCGGGCGGGGCCGGCCGCAGCGACCAUGAUCGCUUUGUUCAACAAGCUGCUGGACUGGUUCAAGGCCCUGUUCUGGAAGGAGGAGAUGGAGCUCACGCUGGUCGGGCUGCAGUACUCCGGCAAGACCACCUUCGUCAACGUGAUCGCGUCAGGACAGUUCAACGAGGACAUGAUCCCCACCGUGGGUUUCAACAUGCGCAAAAUCACCAAAGGGAACGUGACCAUCAAGCUCUGGGACAUUGGGGGACAGCCCCGAUUCCGCAGCAUGUGGGAGCGCUACUGCCGAGGAGUGAGUGCCAUUGUGUACAUGGUGGACGCCGCUGACCAGGAGAAGAUUGAAGCCUCCAAGAAUGAGUUGCACAACCUACUGGACAAACCCCAGCUGCAGGGCAUUCCGGUCUUAGUCCUGGGUAACAAGCGAGACCUUCCAGGAGCGCUGGAUGAGAAGGAGCUGAUUGAGAAAAUGUUCUACUCUGGUUUCCCCCCAGGAAUCUUUCUGCCAUCCAGGACCGAGAGAUCUGCUGCUACUCCAUUUCCUGCAAAGAAAAGGACAACAUUGAUAUCACCCUACAGUGGCUUAUUCAACACUCAAAGUCACGGAGAAGCUGAGACUGCAGUCCUUCCCCCUCGGACCAGGGACCUGCUGUCAUCCAAACCCGAAGCCGAGCUCCCCGCCCACCCUGCCGUCCCCCCUAAGCCCGUCCCUCCUCACCCAGCGUGGGGAGGGACCCUCUGGGGAUCCCAGAGUCCUGUUCUGCUGAGGUUUGAACUCCUGAUUUUAUUGUAAAAUAAACCGCUCCCAUUCUGGCCCCCUAACUUCUCGCCCUUCCCGGAACUUCCCUCUGCCCUCUGCCAGCCCUGCUUCCGGCCCUUAACAGCCCUGGCCCCAUAGCCCUGCCCUCCUCUCUCCCGUGCCCCACUCCUACACUGCCCUUUUCAACACUCUUCUGUUGUUGUCCUGUGUGUACAGUAUAUAUAUGUAUAUAUAUUUUAAUUUUUUAAUUUAAGCAAAGACUAAAAUCAACCAUUUGAUGCUGCAGGGGCCCGUCAGGACCCGGGAGGGGGGCGGUCUGGAAAGAAGGAAAGAGAUGCGGGGUGGGCUUGGGGCAGGUUCAGAUUAGGAAAAUGAAGGCUGGCACCUGGGGGGCAGGUACCAGCCAGGGCACUGGCGGCCAUCCCCAUGUCGCGUUCAUUUCCACUUCCCGAUCUGGCUUGUCCCCGUAGUGCUUGAACGUCACAGGCUGACUGCCACCUCCGGAGGUGCCCCUGUCUGCCCCCCUAGCCUCAGUAGGGCCACCAGGCACAACCAGGUGCCAGAGAGCACCAGGCGGAAGGGGCAGGAGGCCAGCGCCUGGGGCGCCCCAGCAGCCCCUCCUGCCCCUUCCUGGCUCCCAGCUCCUGCCCCUUCCUGGGGCCCCCAACUCCAUGGGCCACCUCAUUUUCUGUUCUCAUUUUGCAGAGUUGCACAAGGAGAGAACUCAGCAUGGGGGGUUGGUUCUUUGGGUUUUGUUUUCUGUUGGUUUAUGUGUUUAAUUUAAUGAUUUGUAAAGUGAUGUUCCUCUUCCUUUUUUACACUUUUCAGCUCAUAUUUAACCUCUGUUUGGAAAAUGAUUCUUGUAACUGUACAUUUUUUUGCCUCCUAACAACACGAAUAAAUGACCAGUUUUGUGUC